GAGAUCGCUGGGCUGAGGCGGCGGCUCCGGCUCCAUCAUGUCUGCAGGAGGGGACUUCGGGAACCCCCUGAGGAAAUUCAAGCUGGUGUUCCUGGGGGAGCAGAGCGUUGGAAAGACAUCUUUGAUCACCAGAUUCAUGUAUGACAGUUUUGAUAACACCUACCAGGCAACAAUUGGCAUUGACUUUUUAUCAAAAACAAUGUAUUUGGAAGAUCGAACAGUACGGUUGCAAUUAUGGGACACAGCAGGUCAAGAGCGGUUCAGGAGCUUGAUCCCUAGCUACAUUCGUGACUCCACUGUGGCAGCUGUUGUUUACGAUAUCACAAAUGUAAACUCAUUCCAGCAAACCACAAAAUGGAUUGAUGACGUCAGAACGGAAAGGGGAAGUGAUGUCAUCAUUAUGCUAGGGGGAAAUAAAACAGAUCUUGCUGAGAGGCAAGUGUCUAUUGAGGAGGGAGAAAGGAAAGCCAAAGAGCUAAAUGUUAUGUUUAUUGAAACAAAUGCAAAAGCAGGAUACAAUGUAAAACAGCUUUUCCGACGUGUGGCAGCAGCAGCCUUACCUGCUAUGGAGAGCACGCAGGACAAGAGCAGAGAAGACAUGAUUGACAUAAAACUGGAAAAGCCUCAGGAGCCACCAGUUAACGAAGGAGGCUGUUCCUGCUAAUACCAUGUGGCUCCUUGAAUCCUUCCCCAGAACCUCACUGCUUUUGCCCCCUUACUCUUCAUUGACUGCAGUGUGAAUAUUGGCUUGAACCUUCCCCCUUCAG